GGACGGCGCGGGCGCAGCGACCAUGGGGGCCCUGACCAGCCGGCAGCACGCGGGCGUGGAGGAGGUGGACAUCCCGUCCAAUUCCGUGUACCGCUACCCGCCCAAGUCCGGAAGCUAUUUUGCCAGCCACUUCAUUAUGGGAGGAGAGAAGUUUGACUCAACUCACCCCGAAGGCUACCUGUUUGGAGAGAACAGUGACCUGAACUUCCUGGGGAGCAGACCAGUUGCGUUUCCUUACGCUGCCCCUCCUCCCCAAGAACCAGUGAAGACUCUGAGAAGUCUGAUCAACAUCCGAAAGGACACCCUGAGGCUCGUCAAAUGUGCCGAGGAGGUGAAGACACCUGGAGAAGAGACCGGUCGAGCAAAAGUCCACUACAACGUGGAGUUCACCUUCGACACUGAUGCCCGAGUGGCCAUCACCAUCUAUUAUCAGGCCACCGAAGAGUUCCAGAAUGGCAUUGCCAGCUACAUCCCCAAAGAGAACAGCCUGCAGUCGGAGACCGUGCACUACAAGCGCGGGGUGUGCCAGCAGUUCUGCCUGCCCUCCCACACCGUGGACCCCUCCGAGUGGGCUGAAGACGAGCUUGGCUUCGACCUGGACAGAGAGGUGUACCCGCUGGUGGUCCAUGCUGUGGUGGAUGAAGGAGACGAGUAUUUUGGCCACUGCCACGUCCUGCUGGGCACCUUUGAAAAGCACACAGACGGGACUUUCUGUGUCAAGCCCCUCAAACAGAAACAGGUGGUGGAUGGGGUGAGCUACCUCCUUCAGGAGAUCUAUGGAAUCGAAAACAAAUACAACACGCAAGAGUCUAAGGUGGCUGAGGAUGAAGUGAGCGAUAACAGUGCUGAGUGUGUGGUGUGUCUCUCAGACGUGCGGGACACCCUGAUUCUGCCCUGCCGCCACCUCUGCCUGUGCAACACCUGUGCGGACACCCUGCGCUACCAGGCCAACAACUGCCCCAUCUGCCGACUGCCUUUCCGGGCACUGCUUCAGAUCCGAGCCAUGCGGAAAAAACUGGGCCCCUUGUCCCCAAGCAGCUUCAACCCCAUCAUCUCAUCCCAGACAUCAGACUCAGAAGAGCAUUCAUCCUCAGAGAACAUUCCACCCGGUUAUGAAGUGGUGUCUCUUCUGGAGGCCCUCAAUGGGCCCCUCACCCCGUCCCCAGCAGUCCCCCCACUCCACGUGCUUGGGGACGGACACCUCUCAGGAAUGCUGCCUUCCUACGGCAGCGAUGGCCACCUGCCUCCUGUCCGGACGCUCUCGCCCCUCGACCGCCUGUCCGACUGCGGAAGCCAAGGACUCAAGCUGAAAAAGAGUCUCUCCCAGUCCACCUCCCAGAAUUCUUCUGUGUUGCCCGAAGAGGACGAUGAGCGUUCCUGCAGUGAAUCCGAGACGCAUCUGUCUCAGGGGCCGUCAGCCCAGCAUCUGGGCGAGGAAUGUGGUGUCACUCCAGAUAGUGAGAAUCUUACCUUGUCGUCGUCGGGAGCCAUCGACCAGUCAUCUUGCACAGGGACACCUCUCUCUUCCACACUUUCCUCCCCAGAAGACCCAGCCAGCAGCAGUCUGGCCCAGUCGGUCAUGUCCAUGGUGUCCUCCCAGAGCCAGCACUCCCAGAUCAGCACCGACACCGUCUCCUCCAUGUCUGGCUCCUACAUCGCCCCUGGCACUGAAGAGGAGGGGGAGGCGCUCCCCUCUCCACGGGCCGCCAGCAGGGCCCCCUCAGAAGCAGGCGAGGUGACGCCAGCCGUGUCUCCGGACUGCAACUUUGUCGGCCUCGCCACCGAAGAGCAGGAUGCAGAGGGAAAUGACGUCCUAGAGGAAGAGGAUGGCUCACCCACACACGAAGAUGGCCAGAGGACAUGCGCAUUUCUAGGUAUGGAGUAUGACAAUAACAAUGACUUUGACAUCGCAAGCGUGAAAGCACUGGACAAUAAGCUGUGCUCUGAGGCCUGCUUACCCGGUGCCUGGCAGGUGGAUGACAACGUCGCCAGUCGUCGGAACACACAGCGCCGGCGCUCGUCAUCUGGCAGCCUGGAGGACCCCGAGAACAGGCCCUGCACGUGGGGUCCCUUGGCCGUCUGAGAGCCCCAGCCCCUGGUCCAGGGCUCCCCUCCUGCCCUCGAAUCCCCUCCUGGCCUCGCUGCACUGCUGACCUCCUGGGCAUCCUCAGCAAGACACCUGGAGACUUUUCAUACCCACGUGAGAGCGGGAUGCUCCUCCUCCCAGCCUCAUCUUCUGUAACCGUCAUCCUUCCCCUCUCAGAAGGGACCAGAAGCCUCCUUUCUCCUUAUGGGCUAACGCCACUCGAUGAACUGCAGCUCCUGAACCCUUGGCAGAGACCCUCUGGAACGUUUUCACUGUAUCUUGAUCUUCAGGGGGAGCCGAGAUCCACAGACUGGUUGUUCUUGUGCGUCUGUUUUUCUCCUUGGUGGGGAGACCAAGAAGCCUCAGAGUUUCGGUGGCUUCAUUACAAACACCCACCUGGCAUUUUCUGGUCUCUGGGACAUCAUAGCCAAUUUGAAACCUCCAAUUUGUGGUGGGGGUUGGGAGGUGACUCCUGCGAGAAGGGAAAGCCAUAUUGCACUGUAAGUGGAGUUUCCCUCAGAAAGCAGUAGGAGCCCCUUUCUCAAGGACAAGAAACAGGGGCUGGUUGGCAAAACAGUUCUUGCUUCUGGUAGCAGAGCCAGUGCCUCAUGUCUGUCUGCUUAGGAAGGAGGCCUUGAAUCUGGGAAUCCCCCCACGGAGAGUUAUUUAUGAUCAGGUGACAUUACAAAAACACUUUUUGACCCUCUCUAUGUGCCAGGCACGUGUUAGGAGCUGCCGUAUGUGAUCACAUUUCAUCACUACUGCCCCAUCAGUUGGUAUUCUGAUUCCUGCUGUCCCUGUCUCCACUCCCUUUUCUUUUUCCUUUCUUUUUUUUUUUUUCUUUCACGCCCUUAACAGUUGAAGAAAUUGGCUGAGAGAGAGGGUGGAGCAGUUCGGCUCAGUCAGUGUCAGAAGUUGGGGGACGGCUGAGCUGGGGACAGCGGUGGUCUGGGAGCCUCCCCACCCCACCUGAUUUCCUUCCCUGCCCUCCAGAUCUGUUGAGCCCAAUGAGGGAAGGGGGAGAUACUGCCUUCCAUAGUCUCAUUAGAGAUUUAGAGAUACUGUUGUUCAAAUCAUGUGCCCGCUGCAGCCCACGCCACUGCAGCCCGGUGUCGGGCAUGUAAAUAACAGCCCGGAACAGCAAGGCCAGACUGUAAGCUGUUGGGUCUUCCUCCUCUCUCAACACUGGUGUUAUCAAUGGAGUCCACGUAGCCCUCUGAUAAUGCACUGGCUACUGGCUCUUGGAAGAGGUGCUGGUUUAAUGGAGCAUGAGAUUGGGAAGCAAAGUCGGAUCUGACCGUUUGUGAGGCUGGGAUGCGGCAGAGCCUUGGCUGCGCCCAUCACGACGGCAUGUCUUCAUAUUUGAAAUCGUUUCCCUAGAAGAGCUUUUCAGGGUUGUUUCCACAGCCUCAAAGAGAGCCCGGUGCCCCGGGAAUCCUCUGCACCUUCUGCGUGGCUUCUUUGCACCGCCAGGCGGGUGGUGGCCCUCAGGCUGCCCGGGGGUUGCACCUCUGUCUGCCCUGCUUGGGGAGGCCUGUUGUCCUCACCCACCCUCCAGGAGCCAGGCCUGAAUCUAAGCUUGUCUCGGGUUCCCACGUCCACCCUCUCAGAAAUCCUGCAGCGGACUCUGCUGUUUCAGGCCCCACUUAAUGUCCUAUCUUCCUCCGAACAUUCUUAUAGCCCCUUCUGUAUUUAAGAUUUGAGCAAUAACCCCACUUCCUCAUUUCCUUGAAGUUUGAGCCCCAGAAGCACUAGGGAAUGGGGGGCUCCCCGUAGCCUGGGGUAGUGGCCCACAGACCCACCUCCGUUCCCUCCCGGCAGGUAGUAGUCACAGUGUGGUAUCACCUGAGAUGAUGGAGACGCAGGAAAACAGCAGCCAUGGUGGCCAGGAACCCUAGGAGGAAGCCAUUGUCUUCACCCCUCCUUGGAGGAUCUGUGUCUUCUCCAGGAAGAGGCUCAGAGAGAUUCCCCAAGGCCUUGGUUCCAUAACCAAGACACGUGGGUUAGAAAUGGCCCUUCACUCCUUCUUUGUCAGACAGUGCGUUCUCCCCCACCCCAUCCCCUUUGUUCUCAUUUAGCUCUUUGACAAGCAGAAAUAUCCCGUCCAAAGGGGCUGGUCCUCAGCCUGAUCAGGGAACAGGGCAGCUGCCCCUCCAUCAUCUGGAGACAGCCACGUAGUAAGCAGUUGACUCAGAGAGAAUGUGAUGGAGCCUGACUUCGCACAGGAGGGCAUAGACUAAUCGGAGGCCUGUGGCUCCUUCCUGCCUUGCAAAGGUCUGAGCUCUCCUGGUGUGGGGAUCCCAGCCUCCACAUGGAGCCCUCUGUCCUUCCCCACCCAGUUCCAUCCCACCAGAGGUCAUGCCCACACUGGGGCAUCUCCUGGGCACAGAUACACACACACUUAAAGCCAUCUCACCUGGGGAGAGUCAGCAUCCUGUCCACCUGAUCUUGGCAUGCUGGUUACUCACUCUGCUUUAGGAUCUGCACAUCUAGAGUGUGUGAGUGUAUGUGUACUGAUGUGCCAUCUGUGGACCCCUCGCUCCCCGGAGUACACUCGUGGGCACACUACAGUGGGGACGUCAAGGAUGCAAUAUUUACGGAUUGCUGCAUGAUACUUAAAAAUGAAUAAAACUGUUUACAAGGGAAGGAGAGCUGUUAA